AACCCUAAAUUGGUGUUUUCCCUUUCCUCUCUGUUCGAACUUGAACAAAACAUACUUCCUCAAGGCUGGAAGUUCAAACUUUCUCACUCUCUUAGUUCUCACUUCUCGCACACAAGCCACUUACCAGUUUAGCAGCGCUACAGCGAAGUCUUCUAUUCUCCAGCCAAUGGGAACGAUGUCUUCUCUUCUUCGACACUCGACAAUAACGUUGGCAGCACCUCAGUCACCUCUCACCACCACGACAGAGCACCUUCCCAUUAUAUCCUCGAUCCCUUUCUCUUGCUGCUAAAACACACUCAGACAGCGAGGAAGAAAGACGGACUGAUUUUAAUAAACUCGUAAGCCUAACUCGUUAUUAAGCUCAGCUCUCUCUGUUGCCACCGCCGCCGCCAUGAAGUUGGACGUGGAUGUCUUGAGAUAUCUAUCAAAAGAUGAUUUUAGGGUUCUUACCGCCGUUGAGAUGGGAAUGAAGAACCAUGAAAUUGUACCGUCAGAGCUCAUUGACCGUAUUGCUGGUCUCAAGCAUGGGGGCACUUACAAGGUGUUAAAGAAUCUGCUUAAGCACAAGCUACUGCAUCAUGACUCUUCAAAAUAUGACGGGUUUCGGCUGACUUAUCUUGGGUAUGAUUUUCUUGCAAUAAAAACAUUGGUUAACCGUGGAGUUUUCACAGCAAUUGGUCGUCAACUUGGCACAGGGAAAGAAUCUGAUAUAUUUGAGGUUGCUACUGAAGAUGGAACAGUUCAUGCAAUGAAGUUGCAUAGGCUGGGUAGGGUCUCUUUCAGGGCUGUCAAAUCUAAGCGUGAUUAUUUGCUGCACCGUAGUAGUUAUAAUUGGCUCUACUUGUCAAGGCUUGCUGCACUCAAAGAAUAUGCGUUUAUGAAGGCCCUGGGAGAGCAUGGUUUUCCGGUUCCAAAUGCCGUGGAUUGCAAUAGACAUUGUGUGAUUAUGUCUCUUGUCCAAGGUUAUCCACUCUCACAGGUGAAGCAAUUGCAAAACCCUGACAUAGUUUUUGAAACAGUUAUUGGUCUUGUUGUUCGUCUGGCAGAGCAUGGCCUAAUCCAUUGCGACUUCAAUGAAUUUAAUAUUAUGAUUGACGACAAUGAGAAGGUUACUAUGAUUGAUUUCCCCCAAAUGGUAUCUGUUUCGCAUGCUAACGCACAGAUGUACUUUGACCGUGACAUUGAAUGCCUUUUUAAAUUCUUCAAGAAGAGGUUUAAACUUUCUUUUCAUGAAAACAAAGACGAAUGUGAUGCUUCAGAAUCAGAUGUAGAUGAAAAUGGCAGGCCUUGCUUUUCCUCAAUUGAGAAAACUGCUGGUUUUCUAGACAAGGAACUUUCUGCUAGUGGGUUUACAAGAAAAGAUCAGGAUGAGAUAGAAAAGUUCAUUGAAGGACAGAGUGAUAGCGAUACAGGUUAUGAUGAAGACAAAACUGUGGAUAAAGGAUGCCUCCAUGAUGAGGAUGAUGAGGCCAAUGUCAGCAAUUUGGAUAACUUGCGCUUGGUAGAUCAGCAGGUGCUUCCCAGUGUGAGUUGUGAUGACAAUAACGAAAUGAAAGGAAAUCAGCGUUCUUGUGAAGUUGUUGAAAACAAUGGGACUGAAUCAGAAGCAAGUGAGAAGGAGGAUGAUAAUCGGAAUCAAGGUGAAGAUGAUGCUACAUUGAUCAAGCGUCUUAGCAAACAGAGGCGGCGGGCAAUUUUAGCAGCUCGUGGCGGUCGCCGUUCUCUUGCCUCUAGAAAUUCCUAUAAGGACAAGGGUGGUAAGACCUCUUAUAAUUCCAAGAUCCAGAAGCAAAUGGCAAGUUUUUGAUGCGAUCAGCAGCAAGAUCCAAUGUGUGAAACUUUUCAUAGAAAGCGAGUAGAAGGGAUUUCAAGUCUCUUCAUCCGUCCAACAUUGAUGUUGUACCUUACCAAGGGCUCCUACCACUACUGCAAGCAGGUAACAACAGUUAGGACAGGAGCCAGUUUGCAUGGUGGACCCUAUCAGGGAUCCAAUUGAGCUAUUGUAGGCUACAGUGCUACACCUAGUGACCCAAAUUCUGUCAUUUCUCAUACAUAGACACAAUAUUAUGCAUUGUUGAUUUUAUCUAUUAUUAAUUAUUAGGGUAGCGGUUUUCUUCAAGAUUACCCAAUUCCCAUUUUUUGAUCAGUUUAUGUUGUUAAACUAUAGGUUAUUAGGUCCCUAUGACCCUAACAUUGGUUAACUUAUACCAACCUGUGCCCAAGGAGGAAGAACCACACAGAUACAUCUACUAGCAAUGAAAUGAUGAAUGUUAAUUUUUUGUUGCUACAUGGUUGAAGGGGGGAAUAAAGGUGAUGGAAAGGUAUCUUUGUUUA